AGUGAAGGAAUGGAAGAAUUAAAUAAAUACAAACAAGAGAUCAAGGAUAAUGCAUUGAAGGAACUGGAUUCGACAAAGAAAAAAAUUAACGAGGAGAAAAAACACUGGGGUGAUUUACCAUUAACGUACAUGCCAAUUUCCAAUGGAACAAUGACUAGAGAGUACGCAGAGACUGAACAAUUUUAUAGUCACGUUGUCAACGUAAAAAAUAUACUCGAUAGUUUGUUCGAAGAAGUAGAGAACGAUAUCAAACGGCUUGAUGCAAUUUUCUGCUUCAAUGAAUACACCGUAUACGGACAAGAGGACAUAGAACAAAUUAAAGAAAAUAUAAAAAAUGAAUAUAAAACAUCGGUUGCCCAUUUCAGCAAGCUAUGGGAAGAUAUCAAAGCAAUGAGCGUUCUUCUUCGUUCAUGUUUCAAUAAAACAUGGGACCGUCAUUCCGAAGUGACUCUCCUUGUAAAUCUUCUGAUUGCCAUACUGUAUCGAUUAUUAGUUCCGUUGCAGACUGUGAUCCAAACCCUUGAUGAAUCCAUUAAACACAGAGGUGGCCCUAAUUAUGACAAGAACAAUGACAAUUUCUUCCUCUUGAGAGAAUGUGGAUCCGCUUUAAGAGAGUGUAACACUCAAAUUAAAAUGGACGAAAAAAAUUUAAUCAUUCGGAUAAUAAACACAAAAGAUUUAGAAGGAGGCUUUAAAAAAAGCUUAGAAACUCUAUUGAAUGAAAAUGAAAGUGCGAAUUUUAUCAAGUUACUCGCAGAAUACCUGGAAGGAGUCAAUUUAAAUGUGGAUGUACAAGUGCUGAAAGAGAAUUUCUUCAUAUUUGCCCAAGGAAUCAAACAAUUUUAUCUCAACAAUGUCGAGACACUUAAAGAUUGAACAAUGGACUCAAAAUUGUUUUCAAAAUACCUUAACUUAUUUUUCACAGUUAGACUUUCGAAGUCUUUGUUUAAUUUUGUUCAACUUGCCAGAUUCCAAUGUUCAGAAAUAAAAAGUUUACGAAAAAAA